UUAUGUUGUCACGACACGUUUUUUAUUCUUGUUAAUCUCGUCUUUAUCCUCAUUUGUCUUUUCUUUCUCGCCUGGCAAGUCCUUCCCUUUUCGUAAUUCAUCUAAUCUUGCACUAAAAUUAUUAUUCAAAUUGUCGAGUUCUUCGUGCUCUUCUUUGGUCCUUGGUAUUGUUGAUAAUAGAUCAGAUUUUGCGUCUACAAAUUUGUCACCCUUGUAUAUUGAUUGCAUUGGCACCUUAAAUCUGUUGACUCCUGUUCUUUUUUUAUACGUCCCUUCUGCUCCAAUUAACUCGUCUUUAUUCAUAUUCUUUGGUAUAAUGUCGUGAAAAUAAAAAAAUCAGUAACGUUAUGUUACAGCAAAAAUUUAUGAUUUAUAUAUCACAUGACACUGGCGAUACAUCACCAUAGCAAUACCCUUUUUAAAUUUUAAAAUUUUAAUUCAUUGUAAAUAGGCUUUUA